AUGAUUCUCUUAACAGACCCAGACGGCAAGAGCCGUAAAAAGGCAGCCAAGGGCAAGGCCGGCAAGCAGCCCUCUGAGGACAUAUCCUGCUUCGGUUGCUUACCUUGGCAGGCUGCAGAUGGCAAGGGAAAGCACACGAUCCCUCUGUACAACGUCUUGUGGGCCGAGGUCCGCGACAAUGCUCUGGUGGUCGAUUAUGCGGCCCCGCGCAAGUCGUCGCUGAAGCUGCAGCAGUGGACGUUUGCGCUUCCUACGCCCGAGCUCGAGACCGGAGACCCGUCGCCCGAGGCCUUUGUGGCCGCACUCAUCGCCGCCGCGUAUGGCGAAGCGAAGCCCCGGAAGCGAGCGUAUGUUCUGAUCAAUCCCCACUCGGGGCCUGGAGGGGCGCUGGGCAAGUGGAAGAAGCAUGUCAAGCCAUUCUUCGAGGCGGCGAGGAUGGAGCUGGAUGUGGUGACUCUGAGCAGGGGCGGUGAAGCUACGGAACUUUCGGAAAAGGUGGACAUUGAGAGGUUUGACACCAUCAUGGCGCUGUCGGGAGACGGUACGCCAUACGAAAUCUUCAACGGGCUCGGAAAGCGGCCGGAUGCUGCCAAGGCGCUGGCAAAGAUUGCGGUGAGCCACAUUCCCUGCGGAUCUGGCAAUGCCUUCUCGUUGAACUGCAAUGGAAGCAAUGACGCCGGGGUGUCUGCCUUGGCCGUUGUCAAAGGCGUGGUGAUGCCGCUAGAUCUAGUCUCCAUCACACAGGGUGAUCGCCGUGUCCUGUCAUUCCUCUCCCAAUCCCUGGGCAUCAUUGCCGAGAGUGACUUGGGGACUGAGAACAUGCGGUGGAUGGGCAACAAGCGCUUCGAAAUUGGCCUGGCAACACGCGUUUUGAAGAAGAAGUGCUAUCCAUUUGACUUAUCUGUCAAGGUGGAGGUGGACGGCAAAGAGAUGAUCAAGCAGCACUACAAAAAACACGUCGAGGACCAUAGCCUUUUGAGCGUGGAUGCGGUGACGGACGGCGCCGAGGGCUUGCCGCAGCUGAAAUACGGAACGGUUCAAGAUGAGGUGCCGGCGGAUUGGGAGACGCAGUCAUACGACAACAUUGGCACAUUCUACGUUGGAAACAUGGCUUACAUGUCGCCGGAUGCCAAUUUCUUCUCCGCCGCCCUGCCUACAGACGGCCUUAUGGAUCUGGUCAUGAUGCCGGCCAACAUUUCCCCAAUGGCCGUCACGAAAGCCUUGCUCAGCGUCGAGACUGGCAAAUUCUUUGACAACCCCAUCGUCUCGUACAAGAAGAUUUCGGCGUAUCGCAUCACCCCGAGGAAUCAGCAAGAUGGCUACAUCAGCAUCGAUGGGGAGCGCAUCCCGUUUGAGCCGUUCCAGGCCGAGAUCCACCGAGGUCUUGGCCGUGUUAUUUCGAAGAGGGGCUUGUAUGAGGCAGAGGGCCCGACUGGAUGGAAGGAAGCCUAG